ACUGUAUUGAUUUUCUACUCAAUGUUAGCGCCGAACGGUAAAUUCAAUUCAAAGCAACCGCCCAAGCAUCAGCUGUUGCUAUCGUCACGCUAAAUAACAACAGCAGCAGAAUUAGCAGUAGCAGUAGCAGUAGCAGAAGCAGCGCACAAUAGCCCAAUAAGAAUUUUGCGCAGUACGCGAUCCAAAGGCAACAGCAGUGCAGACGAAGGCAGCUGCAGUGAUAAACGAAUAAAUAAAACGCGGUGACAUUGACAGAAGAGAAGGACAGAGCUGCGAAAGCGUCUGAGUGAGCAGUAGCAGCGGCAGCGGCAGUGGCAUUUAUGGCGUUUAUUAACAAGCACUGCUACAGGAGGCAACUGUAACGUACUUGUUUUUUGCAUUAAAAAAAGCUUUGUGGCAAACAAUUAGUAGUUAUCGCAACACACAAAACUGCAAACAUCAUUUUUAUAAUAACAACGACAACAACAACUAUGCGCAAACUUAGAACUCGCAACUAAUCAUGAAAACGAAUCGACUUAUAAUCAUUCGGCACGGCGAGAGCGAGUUUAAUCUGAAGAACCUCUUUUGCGGCUGGCACGAUGCUCCGCUCACCCAAAAGGGCGUGCAUAAUGCGUGUUCGAUAACAGCAGCUGCCCUGAUCAAAGCAAGGCUGGAAAUCGACAAGGUCUACUGCUCGGCGCUAUAUCGAGCCCGCCACACCGCCGAGAUGGUCUUGUGCGAGAUGAAGUGCGCCAAUGUGCCAGUGGUUGUGGACUGGCGACUCUGCGAGCGUCACUACGGCAACUUAACCGGCUUUAACAAGCGUGAAAUGGCCGACAGAUAUGGCGAGCAAUUGGUGCAGACCUGGCGACGUGGCUACCAUGCAGUGCCACCAGCUAUAACUGUUGAUAAUCCCUAUUACUACGAGAUCUGCAACAAUCUGAUAUUUAGUGAGGUACCCGCCGGUAAAUUUCCGCUCUCCGAGUCCAUGGCAAUGUGUGUGGAGCGCAUCAAACCAGCGCUGGAGGAGAUUAAGCAGGAUGUGCUUAAGGGAACGCGCGUUUUGAUCUGCACGCAUGGCACUGUAGUUCGAGCUUUGGUCAAUCAGCUUGAAGGACUUAGUGAGGCUGAGGUUGAGAAAAUUAAUAUCGUGAAUAGCGUGCCCAUUGUCUAUGAGUUCAAUAUGCAGACAGGAGAACGUAUUGGUAGCAUGACCUACCUGGGAGAUCCGGAGUACAUAAGGAAGAAAACAGCGCAAGUGGCAUCGCUUGGCGAACGAUCCUCCGAAAAAAGUUAAAUACCUCAUGCGGUUUUUAUAUGAAUUUACAUAUAUAGUACUUAAGAGCAAAUUG